GAGUGAUCACUUCACCACGUGAUGGAACAAAGCGCACAUUUGUACCUGGAUCAAGUAGGAAUAUAACAUGGACAUUUGAUGAUGCUAAAGCAGCUUACCGGGCUUGGUCUUUCACAAGUAGUAACGGCUUAGGAAGUGGGUUACUUGGAGGAAUAUUUUCUGAUUUUGAGCCUCAAACAACAACGGACGUCUUACCCGGGGUUGACAUAAUAAAGCCACAUGCAUGUAUGCAUGCAUGGGCAUGCUUAUUAGAAGUUAUCAUAUAUAACUGAUUAAAGUAUUUAAGACAAAAAGAUUCAAAUCUGUUCGAUCAUUUUUGAAAAUCAAACAUGCAUAAUUAUGUCAACAACCAAAAAUUUUGAAAUCCAAUGACGAAGACUAUGAAUUAACGUCGCAAAUUUAUUCAUCAGUUUGGCGGUCGCUAGUUGUACGGCGUCUUCGCCACAUUUUUCAUACACGUGUAUAAAGUCUCGAUCAAUGCAAUAUUUUGAAAUACUUCUUAUAUGAAAUAAUUUUUAUACUGAUCCACACUGGAAAAUUUAAACAAUUUGCAAAUUUUGGUUUUCUAGACUUUCUAGAAAAUUUCCGUGCUUUUAAUCGAAGAUCUCUAUAUACUAUAUAGAAUUUUAGAGGUUGACCGAAUUUCAAACCUUAUUUCAGGUAAUUCCUCCGUAUUUUCCACAGUAUGACAGUGUUUCAAAUUUUCUAGUGGUCCGUGCAUUGCCUCCCAGAGAAAGUUCGGGGGCCCGGGACAAAUUUUUAAUUCGGGGGCCCUAUUUUCCCCCCAAAAAAGUUGGUUAGCGAGGGGGGGGGGGUGGAAAAAGCUUUUUGACAUCGCUAUAUUUUACUAUUAUAAAAUUGUCAUUGUCAAUGACUUACUGGCCAUUUUCAGUGAAAAUCCGCAUCAAAAUCUAGUUCAAUUUUAUCCUAAAUACCGUUGGCAACAAAUUACUUUGUUGGCAACAAGUCCCGAAAACACAUAAGUGCAUGAGUAUAUACUGUCAAAUGAUAUCUUUAGUGAACAAGCAUUUAUUGACUUCAAUAAUUCUCUCCAUGACUGAAUUUAUUUAUUUACUCGUCCUUUAAUUUUUAAUUUUUUUGUUAAACAUGGAUCUUUGCCCAACCUUAACUUUACAAAAUAACUUUACCGUACAUUUUUAGUAAAGCCAACUGUGACAACUUGUUCCAGUCCUGUCACAGUGAUUGAAGGGAAUGAUCUUACAUGUGAAUGUCAAGGGCAAGGUGGUAACCCUGCUGCCAAUGUAAUAUGGUUUAUAGAUGACAUACAGAUCGAUAAAACAGGAAAGGAAGAACAAACAUUAAGUCGACGUAAUGUUAGUGCUGCAGAUAGCGGAACGUACAAAUGUGUAGCCGAGAGCUAUCCCAAUGCAAAGUUUAAAGAUGAGGGAUUAAUCACAGUUGUAGUAAAACUUAAAUGUAAGUAUCGUUGCCGUUGGUACUCAAGUUAAGUAUUAUACAGUAUUUCAGUGUAUAUUGAUAGAACUACUGUUUAUAACCUUACUUAUAACCCUAGUCUAAAUACAACAUGCAUGCAGUGACUGUUUUACUGACUGUGCAAGAAUAGAGCAUUGCAAUAGAGGAUAAAUUGCUAACGAUUCACAUGCAUGAACGAUUAGCGUAAUGGCAUGAACUAUAUAUAAUCUAUAUAAUCCUUCUGGUUGAAAUUGAUCUUGCAUGUUGCCUUUUGUCCUUCUGUUUUAAAUUCUGCAACUUCUUCAGCAACUUAAAAAUAGGCCGAAAAUAAACAUUUAAAUUAUAAACUGAAAUAUUGAACUUAUCCUCGAACUUAAUUCAUUUAUAAUUAAAAACAAGACUCUCUAUAAGCGUUAGUUGUAUGUGUUACUCAUGCAAAGUUCUUUUUUCUUACAUUUUAUUCAAUUAGCCUAACAAGUAUUUUUAACUAAACUUUUUACAGAACAUUGUUUUUUUUUCUUGCGCUAGACUAUAAUCUGAGCCUGUUUCCUUAGAACUGCCGCUGACCCACCCAGCCCAAGGCCCACAGCUGUCUCCCAAUAAUCUCACUGUUACACUCUCCCCUCCUUCUUGAAUGUCGUCUCUGAAAUUUUAGAUCUGUAUCUUCUUCAAACGAAACUGUUCUUCGAGUUAUAAGUGUCCAUCGCAAUUUAGACAGUUGAUCAGGCCAGCUCACUAGCUAACGCUUAUUGUACAAAUCCCCUUGAAGAAGCAUAGAUCUUAAAUAUGUAAGUUACCUUACUCUCAAUUCUAUUAACCGUGCUUACUUUAAAUAACAUGUAAUCCAGUACAAUUUAUUCUCAGCUAUGUGAGUAAAAGGGUUGGGGUUUUUUUAGGGGGGAGGGGUUAAAAACAUGUUAAUGUUCACUAUGUUUACAAGUUUCUUUUUGUGCUAGUUAAUACGCACGCGUUGGGUAGUAACUGAAAAGGCGGUUGUGGCUCACUGUAAUGCAUUGGUAUACCGGCGGUAUCAUGGGGUUCAGCAUUUACGCUAGGAACAUGGGAUUCUGUAGUGGACUCAUCCAUCGGUCCAAUCCAAGGUGGAUAAAGCUAUUGGGAGACAGCUGUGGAGCCUGGGUUGGCAGUAUAAGCACUUUUUUAGCAUAUUCUAUCAAAUACUGAUUUGUUAAAACAAACAUUUAUUGUGUCAAAGUGACACUUUUUUUUCAAGAUCAAUAUUUUUUCAACCUAAAAUGUAGAAUAUCCUUGAGCACUAAACUUUGUCGGAAAACCAUGCCGUCAAGGAAUGUUUGGUUAAUAUUGCAUGAUAGUAUUUUGUUUUAUACCAAUUUUAAACUUUCUUAAAUAAAAUUAUACUUAUUUGAGUGUAAUAGUUGUUCUAUCAUUUUUACGUUACUAAAUCAAAUAUGCAGCGUAACGUCUUUUUUGAGACAGUCAGCAUUUGCCUACUUUCAUUAGUAUGAUAGAGAUUUUGUUUCUGUUCACAGUUAAACCUAACAAGACAGCCAUUAGGUCUACGCCAGAAAGAUCUGUAAUUGGUGAAUCAGUUAACAUAACUUGUGAAUCUAGUGGUUUGCCUAAGCCACGUUAUUCCAUAAUCCAUAAUGACACUGAG